GUUUAUUAUUUAUUCUGUGGCUACUGGCUGCUUGUUUUCGAUUUCGAUUUGAGUGCCGCUUUUCGGUUGUUGUAAUAAUUUUAAUUCUUAUUUUAAAGCCUAUUUUAGAUAUCGGAAUUGUUUUUCACCUUUGCAAUUUGAUUAAAGUUUGUAACUUCCGUUUGUCUUUGAUUAAGAUCAAGAAGGAAAGUCAAGAAAAGACAAAGCGGCUGGCGGGCCGUGCGUUUCGUCCCGGCAACGGUCAGCAGGCAGAAGUUCACUUGUUCGAAGAUAAACGCUUGGAUCAUGAAAUUCAAGUUCUGUUCGGACGGAGACUGCCCCCUGUGGGCUCUGGCAGCUCUCCACGCGCUGGGCAGUCUGCCGGCGCCCACCUUCAGGACCCUGCUGCAGCAUGUGCUGGACGAACUGCCUGACGAUGGCAUAAUGGCAAUUUUGAAAGACACCAACUUAUCGUCGCGCGACGAGUGCGCGCGCGCGGCGGCCGUGCUCCGCUGGACGCUGCGGCAGACGCACCGCGGCGGCUGCAGCGGCGUGCAGCUGGCGCGCGUCUAUAACAUAACACAUGCUCGUUCAGCGUCGCGCGACGAGUGCGCGCGCGCGGCGGCCGUGCUCCGCUGGACGCUGCGGCAGACGCACCGCGGCGGCUGCAGCGGCGUGCAGCUGGCGCGUGACCUGCUCGUGCUGGGUGUGCCGCGCGCACACGCGUCAGCGCUGGCGGACGCCGCGGACACAACCCGCCGAGCCUACGAAACGCACAUCACGAACAACGGGUUUAUGGUGAACAAACUGACAGACGUCAAAGCAUCGCCGGGCCCCGAAGGCACAGUUGACACCAUCACACUCUCGCUACACUCAGACGAAGUGUUCACUGGCGAGCAGAGAACGUCCGAAUUAAUCAUAGACAAGUCGCAAGUGAAGUCACUCCUACAGGAACUGAAAAAAGCCAAACAGAAAAUGGAUGAAAUUGUUAUCGAAUAAAUUGAAAUGAAACAAAAUAAGAAACUUGUUUGAAUCAAACAUGUAUUUUUUACGAACCUCCCAUUGGAUUGGAUAGCUUUCUGUAUUCUCCGUUGAAAAGAAGUUUCAAAUGAUUUUGCGUACCUAGUAACAUUAUCCAUUAUAAUAAUACUGUUAGAUGUGCACAUGAAUGAGGCGUUCAAAAGAGGUUUAUACACAACUCCGUGUUAUUCGUGGUCACUAGUCAACAACGAACUUUAUUUAAAUAUGUACAUUAUAUAUACUUAUUCUGGAUUUUCUUUAUUCUGUGUAAGUAGGUAUUAUUACUUGGUAAAUAAUAAUUAUAAUGUGUGGAUAAGAAAAUUGACAAUAUAUGAAAUUAAUAUGCAACCAG